GCUGUUGAGAUUUGACGUCAAUUUACGCCACUGCUUGGAAAGCCUGUCUCGUUCCUCCAUUUCUAAUGAAGUUUGGUCACAGGCUACCAGGCCCAUUCGUCUCGGAGGUCUCGGUCUUCGUGAAGCUAGUCGUUCUGCCCCAGCAGCUUUUUUGGGAAGCUGCAACUCAUCUCGUGAUUUGACCAGCAGACUUCUACUGUCAUGUUCUUUGCCUUUCCAUCAGUCAAAUGAAACGUCUCACGUUGAGAGAGAGGAUCAGGUAUCGGAGAUAACAAUUCCUGGAGAGCUUGACUGCCGUAGCAUUCUAUCCACACUUCUUCCAGAUAAUCAAGAUCUACAAAUUCGUAAAAUGACUCAAAAAGAAAUACAACGAUUACUAGAUGUCUCACUCAGUCUUCACAUCCAAGACAGUACUCCCAGCAUAAGAGAUAAGGCUCGUCUGAACGCAAUUUCAACCCCACACUCCGGAUCAUGGCUGCGGGCAUUACCCAACACAAAUCUCGGCCUCGUCAUGUCUCGGGAGGAAUUCCUGGUUGCUCUGCGUCUUCGCCUCGGUAUUGCUGUUUUCCCCUCUUCUCCACUUCUUGUUCGGUGUCCAUGCGGUCAAGUAAUUGACAAAUUUGGAGACCAUGUUCUUGGUUGUGGUUCUGGGCCGCUUCGCUUGAAGCGCCACAAUGCUCUAUGUGAUAUUCUGUAUCGAUAUCUGCUAGUGGAUAAUGCUGGGUCUCGUAGAGAACAGUGUUUCUCCAGCGAAAGUAACGACAGGCCUGGAGACGUCUUCCACCCGGAUUUCUUACAAGGAAAAGCUGCUUUUUUUGACAUCUCAGUUAGAAAUUCUUUUACCAAUCAUUUCAUCAACAGUUGCUCUACCAAAGCAGGAGCUGCCGCCGAAGCUGGCGAAGUUCAGAAAGACCUUCGCUACGAUUCAGACGUCACAAGCGCAGGAGCCAGUUUUUACCCUAUGAUUGUUGAGACAUAUGGAACAUGGUCCACAUACAGCUUGGAGAUCAUAAAAGUGAUUGCAAGGAAAACUUCAGUUUUGAACAAAUUACCUGUUAGCAGAAUAGUAUGUAACAUACAUGAACAACUAGCAGUACGACUUUGGCAGUAUAAUGCCAGGAUGGUUUUGGACAGGCUACAUUUGGUCUGUCAUGGAGAGUAAAAU